AUGAGUUCAUUUCAUAUUCUAUCGCUUCUUACAGUAGCCACUUCUGUGGUAGCUCUCGCCGGAACACCAAAUGUCUACGCCAACAGUCGUCGGGGUUCAUGCUAUGGAGAAGCAUCUGCUGACGAUGCUUGCUGCUACCUUUCGCCAGCAAGGCUUUUGCAAACCCAAUUCUGGGACACAAGACCCGUUUCUGGACCUCUAGAUUCAUGGACCAUUCACGGACUUUGGCCCAUCCAUAACGAUGGCUCCAUUCCCCACAACUGCGACACCAACCGCACAUACACAAACAUUACACAAAUCCUCUAUCACGCUGGUGCUGAAGAUAUCGUGGACGAGAUGAAUAAACUUUGGGAAUCUACAGACGGAAAUAAUGAAGAUCUUUGGCAAGACCAAUGGGUCGCCCACGGGACAUGCUUCAGCAGUCUAAACCGCGAAUGCUACGGCCGCAACUACGAAGAAGCCGAAGAAGCCGUUCCCUAUUUCCAAAAGACGGUUUCGCUUUUCGAGCGUCUCCCAACGUACGAGUGGCUGCGCCAUGCUGGCAUUAUCCCCUCAUACUCCAUGUUAUACCAGCUGUCAGAUAUCCAAGAGGCAUUGGAACACCAUCACGGAUCCCGCGUAUCACUUCGCUGUGCUGGUCAACGACUCCAUGAAAUCGGUUAUCACUUCAACGUUACAGGAACACUGCAAGAUGGUUACUUUACUGAUUCAGGUGCCAUUGGUCACUGGGACGAUUGUCCUGAUCUGGUUCUGUAUGAACCCAAAGGAGAGAGCAAAAAGGCCAUCUUUAAGUUUGAGACGUUUCAUCCGCAUACGGCUACAGACGUAGAGGACUUGUAG